AAUAACUUCUCACCCUGAACGUCUUUAGUGUGUGCUCACAAACUUUGAAGUUGAUCUGAUCAAUCCACUAGGAGAAGCACAUGAAAGAAUAAAGGAUGUCAUUUCCUGUUGUCAGUAGGUGGCGCUGUGGGUAUGACACCACGCCACGCCACGCCACGGACACGCCCUUCACCGAAAACUCAAGAUCUUGACAACUUUUCCCCGUGAAGGUCUAAAGAUCGCACCGACCAAAUUUGAAGUCGAUCCGAUUAAUUCUCGAUGAGGCGUUAGCACAUUAAAUAAUAAUUCCUUCAGAUACAGAGAGGUCAUCUCGGCGCUCAGGACUCGAACGAUGGGAAGGAUUGUGAUGAUUAAUGCACCGAAAGAAAAAGGGAAAUGAAGAAGCAAUGAGGGAGGGGCUCUGAACAUCAGCACAUAAGAAACAGAAAUACUGGAUUGUAUUUGAAAAACACCUUUUUAUGUUAAAUCCAUUGUGAGGUAUAAAAAGGGACGUUUUGGUCUGCGGGUGGCGCCGGAGGGAAAGGUCAGCAGCUCCUGGGGGGCGUGGCCAGUGUGAGACAGUGGGCGGAGUCAGUGGGAAUAAACCCAGCCUUCUGCCUGUGAGCUGCAGGAUAAAACCUGCUGCUCCUCUGAGGCUCUGAGGUCCAGAUCCAGGUUCAGGUCCAGGUCCAGAUCCAGGUCCAGGUCCAGACUGAACCCUCGUCUUCAUUUUAACUUUUUUUUUAUCUUUAAAGUUUCCAGCAUGUCGGUUUUUCCCAACAGCAGCGAGAAAAACACCACUGGAGCUCAGGACUGGACGGAGGUGUACGAAGCGGUCAGGUGGAUCCAGCUCGCCAUGGCUCUGCUCAGCGUUCUGGGUUCGGCCUCCAUCAUCGUCUGUGUGAUGUUACAGAGACUCAGCCGCACGCCGGAGCUGCAGCCUCUGUUCCUGCUCAGUGUGUCUGACCUGCUGCUCGCUCUCUGUUGGCUGAUCGGAGCCGCUCUCUUCUCCCAACGCCGCAGCAGCCUGAACACACACUGCUACCACCUGCACACCGUGGAACAGAUCCUGUACAUGGCCUCCUUCUUCUACACACUCAACUAUGUGUGGGACCUCUACAAAGGAGUCAGAGAGCAGUUCUACAGCUGCAGUAAUGGAUACUCUGUACAGUUUUCCAACAGAAUGAGCACAGCUGGCAAAACGACUGCGCUGCUGUCAGGUCUCAUCCCUGUGCUGCUGAUGACGCCGGUAUUUAUACAAGGAAACAUCAGCCAAUGUCAGGCCAACUUCAGUGAGCCCUACAGACCCUCGAUGUGCACCGUACUAAACCAGGUGUCUGCUGAUGCACACCGGAGCACUGUAUCUCACCUCAGAGCAACACCAGCCAGUCAGAGCCUGCAGCCUGCUGCACACAUACAGCAUCGCCAUCUUCCUCGCCACCUUCUUCCUCACACUCGGCAGCAUCAUCGUCCUCGUGGUGAAAGCCUGUCGUAUUUACAGACGGGUUGUGACAUCGAACGGUUACCUUGGCAACCAGCAGCGGGCGUCCUUCCGUGUGAUGGACCGGCGGAUGCUCCUGUACCCGCUGAUCUUUGUCCUCUGCUGGGGUCCAGCGGUGGGUCUGGCGUUUCUGCGGGUGGUGAAGCCCUCAGCGGGUCAGGGCGGGGCCGGGGUCGCCCUCUACAUCUCACAGGCUUUCACCUCGGCCUCUCAGGGAUUCCUCAACUGUCUGGUCUACGGGUGGACUCGAGCACGUCUCCGGCGAGCCGGCAGGAGGGUUUUGUCUCGAGACGUGGACACUCAGACGCCACUGCUGAGGGCGCAGAAGGCGAGAAGCUACCAAACACUCCGCAACAUCAGCUGAAAGACCAGAGGACAGACUGAAAGUGAAACUGAGCAGGUGGCUUCUGUCAUCUGCAGCAGGGACUCGAGAGGAAAGUCUGAACUUUCACUUUAAAGCGGGAGGGAAAACACCAUGGCCGUCUGUGCAGAGGACGGAGACUUCCUACUCCGACCCUGAACCACCGAGGCAACAAAAAGGGAAGCAGAAGAAAGAGUGGGAGUUUACAACAAGAGGAAGAGCGACGAUGAAAACAGGAUUUGAAAGAGAAAAGGCUGCAUUCACACUAUAAAGUCAAAGCUCACAGGUGGUACAGUUUGCAUGCAACAGAGAACAAAAACAUUUUCUAGCUUAAAAAAGUCCCUUCAACCUUUCAUAUCGACACAAAGAUGAAAAAUACAUCGAACCUUCAAGGUUGAUGCUCAUACUGAAGCCUAGUUCUGCACUGAUCUUGCAAGUGAAAUGAAGUUGGAGGUCUUAAAUUCAACAUUUAAGAGUUUUUGGGACAUGCAUAGAGCAGCCCAUCCGGGUAACUUGCCCUUGCAUGAUGACUCCGCCGCCUUUUGGGUGAAAGCAGCUCCUCUAAAUUGACUGGCAGUGAACGCAAAUUCUAAAACUGAGAGUAUAAUAGCAUGAAACAAGAAUAAUGUAUUGCUUUAUAGCUACUAAAUGCUAUGGCAAACAAUUAAAGGUAUAUAAUAUGUACCGUAAUAUGUAUGAAUAUAAUAUGUUAUUUCUACCACUAGGGGGUCUCUCACAUCAAAACAACAGCAACUGGUCCCAGGUUAUGUUAUCAUGCUAACAGACUGAGCACAAAGGGAAUAUGACACCAUUAACAGGUGACCGGUGAAACGCAGCGUUACCUGAAUAAAAUGACAGAUUUCUCUGAGUUUGAACAUUGUUGGAAACAUUUGGGUUAUAGUGAAUUAUUAAGAUUAAAAUACUCUCUGCUCCACACCAUCAAACCAAACUCCAUUCUUAUAGUGGCUGAUUUAGGGCCAUAUAUCUUCACAGUAAAACCUUUAUUUCCACCAUCACUGAGACUUUUUACUGAUUCUCUUCGAUCUACAGAUACAAUCUGCUCACACUGACUCAGUAACGUCAUUAACUGACCUGUGAGGAAGACACAGACUGACUUUACCUUCACUCUUUGACUCUGCCAAUAGGAACUUGCAUGUUUACUCUGAAGAGGGACAUAUGGCUGUUCUCAUCUGAAGCAUCCUGAAGCCUUCUCAGUUUGUUAGUGAUUGAGUGUGAUUUGUUCAAAUGUUUGUCUUUCCAAAGACUGAAGAAAACAUUUAAGUUUCCUGAAGAAGAAAGAUUUCAGUGUGUUUUUCACGCUGCUGAAUAAACUCAAUGUUUACAUUGUG